AUGGCGUCCAAAAACGUUGAAAAAACCAGAGCUAGAUUGGAGAAGAGGUUCGUUCCGGCAUGCCUACCUGAUGUUCUUUCUACUCCUGUUCCCUUCUGUACUAAACGUGCUCAUAGGAUCGAGGAGGGCGCUUACUAUGAAGCCCACCAACAGCUACGGGUCGUCUCUCAACGAUACAUCAAAGCACGCAACUAUAGCGCCGCGGUCGAUAUCCUCUGCUCGGGUGCAGAAGCUCUCUUGAAGGCUGGUCAAAAUAGCAGUGGGUGUGAUUUAUGUUUGAUGUUGGUUGGAGUGUACAAGGCCGGUAAUAUCGCCCCAUCUGCUACUUCUCGAGGUAUGUUGGAAGAAUUUCCCCCUGUUAGUAUUCAUUGGCUGUUAUUCAGCCAGUUUAGACUCCCGGGUACUAAUUUCUUUAAUGCACAUCUAGCAAGGUUGAUACAGUUGAUAAGUCUCAUCUCUCCGGAGGAGCCAAGCAGGAAACGGUUUAUCAACGAAGUAAUAACGUACGCAUGAAGCAUUUAUUAUUUUGUCCUACAGAUAGCUAGGAUAACUUAUAUCUCACCUGCUCUUGGGUUACGUUAGGUGGUCUUCAAAGCACGGCGAAUAUCCGGCUGGCGAUCCUGAGCUUCAUCACUUCAUUGGGAAUCUCUUGGCUCAAGGUAGGCAUAUGCACCACUGACCCCUCAUGAUAGGCCUUAAAAAUAUUAAUCUUUAUCACAAUAGAGGACGACACAUAUGAGGCAGAGAAGCACCUAGUCGUCGGGACAAAGGAGAGCGUGGAAACAUUUGCUGACAUGCUGUAUGAAUGGUACACCGAGGACGAGCCCAACACGGCUCCCAUGUAUGCAGCUCGAGCUGUCUUCCCAUAUAUGCUCAUUGGUAACCUAAGAGAUGCUACGCGCUUGUUGACGACAUUCACACGCAAGUUGAUCGAAAACAACCCCUCUCUUACCGUUCAGGAAGUCCAAACCGCUUCCGUUGAUGCCAAAGUUAUACCCUCAAUGCCACUCCUGAACCUCUUGAAUCUUCUCCUUUUGGCCUGUCAGACAGGCGGACAAGACAUGUUCCGUACUCUCAAGUCUCACUACAGCAACAGCCUUAAGGAGGUACCGCACUGGAAUGAGGUUCGUGAACUGUCUGCCCUUCAACUCCCGCUCAACCCAUUAACGAUCGAGCUUCUCGCAGGCGCUGGAACAGGUCGGGGAGACCUACUUCGGAAUUCAGGUCAGAAGACCUGCUAGCAUCUUUGACAUGAUGGGCAGUAUGCUCGGAGGAGCCCCCAAUGCGGCGCCGCAAUCGCGUCAAAUAGCGCCCGAACAACAACCGUUUGCUGACCUUGAUUAGAGUAGCAACAAUAAAAAAGUAUUAUAAAAAUGAUGGUUGAAAUUUUGAUGGUAUAGUUGACCCAAACACCUUGCUAAUGCACCGGGGGGAAGUGGGAUAUAACAGCAGAACGCCGUGCAUGAGAGUCAGAAUGUGAAACUAAAAGGGAAAGCCCGCCCGCCCAUCUCCAGUUGAAACUAUGCCUCAUCCUCCACCUCGUACAUCCAGUUGUCCUGUUGCAACGACAGGACCUUCAUUCGCAGAAGUUCUAAGUACAAACAUAAGUGAAGGGCAUGGGGAGCGGAGGUCCAAGGAGGAGAUACCUGGCAGCCGUUUAGUUAUAUCAACAUUGUGUCUCCCAACAGCUCUGUGUUGCUCAACCACUAUUGGGCGAUGGGACAUCCAGAUUAGCACACAUUCCAAGAUGGAGAGAGAAGAAAGGAUUCCCCUACAUUCCCUCUCGAUCUCCUGUAGCCCCAAAUGCUCAUGUAUCCCAACCACAGGCGGGGCCUCGAUGUCAAAAGUCCCAUCCGAUUUCCGAACAAUAAUACUCUCACUCCCACUCACAUUCCCCACCGAGUCAUCCUCCUCUCCACCACCGCCUCCUCCUCCCAGUCCAGAGGAAGCCGACGACGAAGUAGCAGUAGAAGCGUUAUCCAUCCCAGUAUUAGCCGUAGACCGACUCAACGAGCGAAACAGCGUCCGACGGACGUCCGCGGAUUUAGACCUAUGAUGUGUCGAGCGCGUUGCCAUAUUUUUUCUCCUUUAUUCUUUUUUUUUUUUUUUCGUUUUUCGUCUUUGUUCCUGGCGUUGCUACUUAUCUCCGGGAAUAACUCGGGGCAUAAGGUAAAGGGGGCUCGACACCAAAAGCAUUGGGUUGGGGGGAAGGGCGAGACAGCGAGCUGGAAAGCGGCGGUAGUCUUACUAUGCUUGCUUGCUUGCUCGAUUAAUCGAUUGCGGUUUCCGAGUUUGCCGUAAAGCCGCAAUGGUGGGUUUUCAGACGAAUGUUAUUUCAGGGGAGUUGAAAUAGGCAUGAUAACCGCAGGUUACGUCGCACCAUUGCACGAUCUGCAGGGAAGCAUCACACUCCGAAGCCUGACGUCCUCAGCGCUACGCUUUGUAGGCGUAUCUUGGGGUCCGUACAUUUUUCCACCCAGCGACACGGGAAUAAUUUCCUUUUAUUCCAUCUUCAGGACCACCGACCAGGACAACCAAGCGACUCAACCAACACACAAAGGAUCAAUUCCUCCAGCACACAAACAUAAGUCGGCAAAAUGAGUGGUAGAGGAGGAUUCCGUGGUGGUAGUCGAGGUGGAGGCGGGUUCAGGGGCGGUGCGUCUGGUGGGAGGGGUGGGUUUGGCUCUCGAGGUACGAUAUAUAUGUAUCCGCAUCCGAUGAGUGGGUCGCAAUUGUGGAUAGCACCUGAUGCUAAUAUAUCUAUUCGAUAACAGGCGGUCGCGGGGGGUUCUCGGGACCAACAGGGCCUCCGGACAGCGUCCUUGGUACAUAUACACACACCUUUAUUUGUUUCUGCAUCGGAUCCCAAUUUGUGUUUGUUGAAAAGAAAAAAAAACUAACUAAAUUGACCAUAUGCUGGUGGCAGCGAUGGGCUCCUUCAUCCACUCUUGCGAAGGCGAGAUGGUGUGCCAAUCUAUCAAUACCAAGAUCCCCUACUUCAACGCCCCAAUCUACCUCGAGAAUAAGUCUCAGAUCGGAAAAGUAGACGAGAUCCUCGGCCCGCUGAAUCAAGUUUUCUUCACUAUCAAGCCGCAGGAAGGUAUU